CGCAAAUGGGUUUAUUUGGUGUGUACUCACAACCGGAAGCUCCGCUGAGGAAUUGACCGAGCAGGACUUGGUGUGAUGGAGAGGUGAUGUUCCAGCCCGAGCGGAGUUGAGGCCAGGAGGAGCCAUGACUGAGUGCUUCCUGCCCCCCAGCAGCAGCCCCGCAGAGCAGCGCAGGGCGGAGCACCCGGGCGGCGUGGCCCGCACCCCCAGCUCCGAGGAGAUCAGCCCCACCAAGUUCCCCGGGUUGUACCGCGAACAUUCGCCGCCUCARGAUGGACAUCACCACGAGCCGCCCGACGCCUACGUCUCCGACGACGACAAGGAGCACGGCAAGAAGAAGAACAAGUUUAAGAAGAAGGAAAAAAGAACCGAGGGAUACGCCGCCUUCCAGGAGGACAGUUCAGCAGAUGAAGCGGAGAGCCCGUCCAAGAUGAAGCGCUCCAAGGGAAUCCACGUGUUCAAGAAGCCGAGCUUCUCCAAGAAGAAAGAGAAGGACUUUAAGGUGAAGGAGAAGGGCCCCAAAGAGGACAAGGCCAAGGACAAGAAGUCCAAAGACCUGACGGCUGCAGACGUGGUCAAACAGUGGAAGGAAAAGAAGAAGAAGAAGAAGCCUGCUACGGAGGCAGAGCCCGUCCCGGUGGAGACCCCCACCAUCCGGCCCAUCUUUGGAGCUCCUCUGGCUGAAGCUGUGAAGAGGACAGCUCUGUACGACAGCAUCCAGCUGCCCAGUGUCUUCAGGGAGUGCGUGGACUACAUCGAGAAUUACGGCAUGAAGUGCGAGGGCAUCUACCGGGUCUCAGGCAUGAAGUCGAAGGUGGACGAGCUGAAGGCAGCCUACGACCGGGAGGAGUGCCCCUGCCUGGAGGAGUACGACCCCCACACGGUGGCCAGCCUGCUGAAGCAGUACCUCCGCGAGCUGCCGGAGAACCUGCUGGGCCGAGACCUGGCCCAGCGGCUGGAGGACGCCUGCGGCCGGCAGACGGAGGCCGAGAAACUGUCCGAGUUCCACAAGCUGCUGGCGGAGGCGGCACCGCAGAGCCGGCUCCUCCUCUCCUGGCUCGUCACGCACAUGGACCACGUCAUCGCCAGGGAGGCGGACACCAAGAUGAACAUUCAGAACAUCUCCAUCGUCCUCAACCCCACCAUACAGAUCGGGAAUCGUGUCCUCUACAUCUUCUUCACCCACGUGAAGGAGCUGUUCGGAGACGUCGUCCUGAAGCCGGUGGUGCGGCCGCUGCGCUGGUCCAACAUGGCCACGAUGCCYGCUCUGCCCGAGACGCAGGAGAACAUCAAAGAGGAGAUCCGACGACAGGAGUUCCUGCUGAACCGCCUGCACCGUGACCUGCAGGCUGGCGUGAAGGACCUGUCCAAAGAGGAGAGACUCUGGGAGGUUCAAAGAAUCCUGACUGCUCUGAAACGCAAGCUGAGGGAGGCCAAACGCCAGGAGUGUGAGAGUAAGAUAGCCCAGGAAAUCGCCAGUCUGUCAAAGGAAGAUGUGUCAAAAGAGGAAAUGACCGAAAACGAAGAGGAAGUCAUCAACCUGCUUUUAGCCCAGGAGAACGAGAUCCUGACGGAGCAGGAGGAGCUGAUCUCUCUGGAGCAGGUGCUGCGGAGGCAGAUCGCCACGGAGAAGGAGGAAAUCGAGAGGCUGAGGGCCGAGAUCGCAGACAUUCAGAGUCGGCAGCAGGGCCGCAGCGAGACGGAGGAGUACUCAUCGGACAGCGAGAGCGAAAGUGAAGAUGAGGAAGAGCUGCAGAUGAUUCUGGAAGAUCUGCAGAAACAAAAUGAGGAACUGGAGAACAAAAACACCCACCUCAACCAGGCCAUCCACGAAGAGCAGGAAGCCAUUCUGGAGCUCCGAGUCCAGCUCCGCCUCCUGCAGAGCCACAAACAGCAGCAGGAACUGACCGUCCAGCCGCCGGCCGAGCAGGCUCCUCCCCCACAGCCGAGCCCGGAGGCCCGAAGUGAGGAGCAACCCAAACGCUCCGUCCCUGCUGUGGCCGUAGUCGCCGCCGUGGAGACGCCUGUCUCCGCCAACGGAAAGACAACCAAGGACCCUUCGAAGCCGUCGCCGAGCAAAGACAGGCGGGACACAAACAUGUGAGAUCCUGUCGAAGGAUCGUGAAGGAAGCAUUUCUUCACGAUUGUGUCCACCAAGUGGCAGCCAAGGAGACAUCUCUUAUGUAAUCUGUGGCGUCUUGACUUCGUCUUUUAUUUACCCAAGCAAAACGCAGAAACUAGAAACCGAUUAGCGGCUGUAGCAGACGACCGGCUACCUCUGCGUGAGACUCCCAGGGACCAUUUCUUUUAAAUCUGCAGUGCCAAGCCUGUUUAAAGAAGGAGAGGGUGUAAAUGAAGGGAUCCUGAAGCUAGAGGGGGCAGGAGGAGUUUGUUUUCACUGGUAAUUGAGUUAAGAAAUGAUCUCUAAACAAGAUGUAGCUCUAACUCAGUUUUAUCCCUCAACUAAAUGCAAAUUUCACGUUAGGAUAGUUACCACUGUGCCAUAACUUCAGACGCUAGAAAAGUCCCAGAGAACCACUAGUAACAAAAGCUCUUUAUGAUUGGAUCAUCUGUGUGUUAUAUUUAGAUGAUAUUCUGACAAAUGAGAGGAAAAACACUGAUUUAAUUUAUAGCUUUUGAUUAAAAAACAGAAUAAAUCUAUUCUAGAAGCUCUUGCUGUCUUUGAGAAAGCGAAUGCACAAAACUUCACAAUGGUCAGCUGAAUGUAAGAGCAGGAAAAUCAUUCACAACUGCAAUGUGUUGACAAAUAUUUUACUUUCUGUUACUUAUUUACAAAUGAGUAAACAUGGAGGGUUUAAUUAGUUCAGUUAGAUAUAAAUAUAAUGUCUGUGAUUAUGUUUUAAUGUGCAAAAACCUGCUGGAUGCUCUUCCCCUUUUUAUUAUUUUUGUAAUGUGUCAAAAUAAGUCAAUCAUUUCAAAAUGGAUCAUCUCUGUGUGUAAUGUUGAUUAAAUCAAAGGCGUGCUUUURUUUCUUUGUUUUAAAAUAUGGUAACAAAUGUGUUGUUUUUUCAUGUAUUUCAUUUUUUUAUUAUUGUUAUUAUUAAAGCCCCGUAGGGAUAAUUCUACCGUGACGGCCCCUCAUCUGGACUCKUGAUUAUUUAUCCUGAUGCAAAUGUCAGAUUGGGCUCAGAAGCUACUCAUAGGGUUGUUUGUUUUGUCUUUUGWUUUGUUUUUUGUUUUGUUUUGUUUGUAGCAGAUUGUUUCAGACAGACCAAUGCUGUGAAGAAUAAAAGUGUCAAUCUGAACCUGGA